AUGAGAAAAGUGGAUAGUUCUAAUAUGAUAAUCUUUAGUGAAGAAGAUGAGAAAUUUUUCGACUCACCAUUUAUUACACAUUCUUCACUAAAAUUAUUUAGUAACACUAAUUUCAUUGAACCAAAUGAUCUAAUUAUACCAAAACAACAGCAGCAACAACAACAACAAUCAUCUCCAUCAUCCUCAUCAUCUCAAUCUACGCCAUCUCUUUUAUCAAGUGCAAACAGCAGCAAUAUAUCAUCACCACCAUAUCAAACUCCACAACCUUCAAUAAAUAAUUUUAAUACAACUUUAAUUGUUAAUAAUAAUAAUAGUAGUAAUAGUAGUAAUAGUAGUAAUAGUAGUAAUAGUAGUAAUAGUGGUGGUAGUAAUAAUAAUAAUAUUAAUAAUAACGAAUUUAAUAAUUUUAUAGAGAAUUUUAAUAAAAAAGGGUAUUGGUAUCAAGAUGAACAAAAUGAUUUCAAUCAUUUCGAUAUAUCAUUUGUUGGUGGUAAUAGAGUUUUCAUAGCAGGUGAAACCAUUGAAAUACAUUUAAAAGUAAAAGUUAAAAGAUUACAAUACCUAAAAGCAAUAUUUGAAUGCGUUUCAACAAGUCAUAAUCCAAAAACUAAAUUAUUUAAUAAAAAUUAUUUACUCUCUCAAGAUUUUUAUUUAUAUCCAAUAAAUAAUAAUAAUAAUAAUAAUAAUUUUAACAAUAAUAAUAUUAACAAUAAUAAUAAUAAUAAUAAUAAUAAUAAUAAUAAUAAUAAUAAUAAUAAUAAUAAUAAUAAUAAUAAUAAUAAUAAUAAUAAUAAUAAUAAUAAUAAUAAUAAUAAUAAUAAUAAUAUAAUAACAACAAAAAUAACAUCACAAUAUUUAGGACAAUCAAAUAUAUUAAAUAAAUCAUUAUCAUCAAUUUGUACAUUGGGAUUAAGAAAUUCAUUUUCAAAUAUAUCACAUAAAGAAAGUGAUGAAUAUACGGUAUUAGAACCAUUACCAGAAGUUAUAGAAUCAAAUAUAAAACCACCAACUAUCAUUCCAAAUGGUAAUUGUGAACAUCAAGAAUGUGGUAAAAACAAUCAUACAUUUAUCAUUAGAAUACCAAUACCUCACCAUUGUCCAACAACUUUUCAUAUGAAUAAAGAUCCAAAGAAUGGAGUAUUCUAUAGAAUUGCUUUCUCUGGUUUAGGUGAACUUAGAAAUUCAAAAUUUAAUUCUGAUGAUUCUUUAAUUAAAGGUAUUCAAACAUAUGUACCUUUAACUGUUAUAAAUCCAUUUGGUAUUAAUAAUGGUGGUGGUGGUACUGGUAGUAAUAGUUGUGCUAUAACAAAUAAUAGCAAUAGCAGUAGUAAUAAUAGUAAUGAUAGUAGUAAUGGUAGUAGUGGUAAUGAAAUUAAUAGUGGUGGUAGUGGUAGUAAUGGUAAUUUGGUUGGAAUGAUACCUACAUCAACAAGUAAUGGUAGUUUAGCAUCAUUAUUAUCAGCAUCAUCUAAUAAUUAUUUUUCAGAACAAGUAUUGCAAUCACCAAGUAGUCUAUCAUUAUUACCAACUCAAUCAUCAAUAUCAUUAUUACCAACCUAUAAAUACAUUCAUUCAAAUAUUAUUUUAAAAUCUCGUUUAUUAUUUAAUCAAAGUUUUAUCAUUGGUUCACCAGUUUCUUUAUAUAUUUCAAUAUUAAAUCAAACCAAUUCAAUCAUUAAAGGAAUGAAAAUUCAAUUAAUUAAUAAACAAAUCUCUUGGACAACAAAUUUACAACGUAGUAAUAGUAAUAAUAAUUUACAGGAUGAUGAUUUAGAUGAAAUUAAUAUAAAAGAAAUUAAUAAUAAUAAUAAUAGUAGCGAUAGUAAUAAUAAUAAUAAUAAUAAUAAUAAUAAUAAUAAUAAUAAUAAUAAUAAUAAUAAUAAUAAUAAUAAUAAUAAUAAUAAUAAUAGUAAUAAUAAUGGUUCAUUAAAGAAAUCACCAUCGAAUAAUAUAUUAUCACCAAAUAUUAAUAGUUCACAAUUAAAUUUGUUGGAUAGUCUUAAUAAUGGUACCAUAAAUAAUAAUAAUACUAUUAAUAAUAAUAAUAUUAAUAAUAAUAAUAAUAUUAAUAAUGAUUAUAAUAUUCAAUGCCAACAUUGUAGUGUUAUUUCAAUGACAAAAUAUAAAUCAAAUGAUUUCUUUUUUAAUCCAAAUCAAAAAUAUCAAAAUACAAUCGCAUUUUCAAUACCUGAUAAUUUAUUACCAACAAUAGUUUUACCAAAUAUUUCUAACACUUAUGUUUUGAAAAUAUCUUUAAGAAAAUUUAAUUUCUCAAAAGAAAUUCCAAUUAUACUAAAGGUUUCUAAUAAAGAAAUAAAAUAA